AUUUUCAACCCGCAUUUCGACCGAUCGAUAACACAGACACAGAGAGAGAGAGAGAGAGAGAAAGAGAGAGGGUGGGAAAAAAUCUUUGGACCGCUUUUCCAUAUUGCGCUUCAGAGAAUCAGCUGUGCUUCGAUCAUUUUUUAUUAUUCCAUCAUCGAUCGUCCAUUUUCGAUGAUCGAUCUUUUCUCCCCUCUUUCUCUCUUUCUUCGAAAGAUCUCUUCUUCGAAAGAUUCGAAGGAUAAUACAAUCCCGAUUUUCGAUAGAUUUGAUUUUAUUAUUUUUUUCUUUUGUUUUCUUCGUUUCAAACUUUUAUCCUCUUCUUCCUUUCUCUCUCUCUCUCUCUCUCGCUCGCUCGUUCGAGGUUUGUUUUAUCGUUUUUUCGCAAGCCGUGUGACUAAUCGCGAAAAAAUUAAAACACCGAGGCGAACGAUAUCGAUACACACGGUGUUUAAACGGCGGCCGGCGUAGAAGCAAAAGUUGCGUAGGUCCACGUGGACUACUCGGCCCGGCCUCUCUCGUGUGACGAUUCUUCUUCUUUCGUGUGAUUCGUGCGCGUUUGUCGAUUUCAUUCUGUCGAUUUGUUAAAGGUGAGAAAUUCGGUAAGGUGAAAGAAAACGCGGAGGAAAGGUAGAAACUUAACUUUUGUGAGAUUUUGUUGAAAGGAGGGGUUCGUGUUCUCGUUCGUCGAUCCGAGAGAGAUCGUCAGAAAUUCAGCUCGAUCGAAAACAAAAGAGCAAAACAAGAGAAAAUUGUUUGGAGGUUGAGAAGAAAAUAGGAAUACAAAAAAAAGGUAUUGGAAGUGAAGUAGAUUCAGUGAAAAGUCGGUACAAAACGUUGGCUGACUUUUUGCGUGGAUUAUGGAAGAGGGGCUGGAUACAAAAAUGGUGAAAAGCUCGGCGGAUUAUGUAAAAGCCAUGGAGAGCAACGUGCAAUCAAAUCAGGUGAUCGAGACGAAAGUGUACAAACGACGAUGGCUGAUUUUAGUUAUCUUCGUGCUGUACAGCGCCAGCAACUCGAUGCAAUGGAUUCAAUACAGUAUCAUUGCAAAUAUCAUAACGACGUAUUACAAUGUAUCCACUUUUUCAGUGGAUAUGACCAGCAUGAUAUACAUGAUAACUUAUAUUCCUUUCAUCUUUCCAGCAAGUUAUUUACUCGACAAAUUCGGUCUCAGGUUCGCCGUUUUGACAGGCGCGAUUGGAACAGUGACCGGUUCUUGGAUAAAAGUAUUUAGCGUAAGUCCAGAUCGGUUCUGGAUUACCUUCAUUGGUCAAACAUGUGUUGCUGUGAGCCAAACGUUCAUUUUAUCGGUUCCAGCUCGUUUGGCCGCUGUUUGGUUUGAUUUAAAUCAGGUCAGCAGCGCGUGCAGCAUCGGCGUUUUUGGAAAUCAGCUGGGUAUAGCAAUUGGUUUCCUCUUCCCGCCGAUGUUGGUGCAAAGCAACGAAGACAUUAAUCAAAUCGGCCGAGGAUUGCAUGCAAUGUUCUACAUAGUCGCUGCUUUUACCACCAUUAUUUUGGUCCUUAUACUUCUAUUUUUUAAGUCUAAACCACCGCUUCCUCCGAACCAAGCACAAGCUCAAAUUCAUAGAGAGAACGAAACGCCAAAAAGUUUCUUCAUGUCCAUGAAGAAACUACUCACAAACUUCGGUUACUUGUUACUAUUGUUCAGUUAUGGCAUCAACGUAGGCGUGUUCUAUGCCAUCAGCACGCUUCUCAAUCAGAUAAUCCUUGAAUAUUUUCCUAAUCAUGAAAAAGACGCUGGAAGAAUCGGCUUGACCAUUAUCUGUGCUGGUAUGUUAGGUUCUGUGGUUUGUGGUAUUGUGCUUGAUAAAACGCGCAAAUUCAAAGAGACAACGUCAGGCGUUUAUCUUUUCUCCUUUCUGGGCAUGAUUAUAUUCACAUUCAUUCUAAUGUCCACCAGUCAAAUAUUCACCAUUUAUAUAAUAGCCGGCACAUUAGGAUUCUUCAUGACUGGUUAUCUUCCAGUGGGUUUCGAAUUUGCCGCGGAAUUGACAUAUCCGGAACCGGAAGGAACAUCCGCUGGUUUAUUAAACGCAAUGUGCCAAGUAUUCGGUAUCAUUUUCACGACUAUGUACGGGUAUUUCUUGCACAUUUGGGGUGAUUUUUGGGCAAAUCUUUUCCUUUGUAUUGCGCUAGCUCUUGGUUCGUUUCUCACCAUCAUCAUUCCCAAUGAUCUUCGAAGACAAAAAGUUUUAAAGAAUCCCAUGGUCGAAGAUUGAGAGAUAGAAAAU